AUGCCGAGCCCCCGGAGCAGCCGCGAGCGACGCACCGGCAGCAGCAGCCGCCUGGAAUUCCUGUCCCUCGUGAGCCAGCGCAGCCCCGGCGUCCCGGACAGCCCGUCACGCCGCAAGGAGUCGGGCAGCUCUGCGGCGGCCCCCCCGCCCGAGGAGGACUGCAUGAAGCUGAACCCCUCCUUCCUGGGCAUCGCCUUCAGCUCCCUGCUCGCCAUCGACCUCUGGGCCUCCAAGCGCCUGGGCGUCUGCGCUGGAGAGGGCUCGGCCUGGGGCAGCGCACGCCCCCUCAUGAAGGUCAUCGAGGUUUCGGGGCAUGGCAUCCCCUGGCUGCUGGGUACCUUCUACGGGCUGUGCCAGAGUGACAGCUCAGCGGCCAGGGAGGUGCUGCUCAACCUGCUCUUCGCAUUGCUGCUGGAUCUCGUGCUGGUGGCAGUGGUGAAAGGGCUCGUCAAGCGGCGGCGGCCCACCCACAACAAGAUGGACAUGUUCGUCACAAUCUCGGUGGACAGGUACUCCUUUCCGUCAGGCCACGCCACCAGAGCAGCCCUGGUCUGCCGCUUCAUUCUGCACCACCUGGUGCUUGCUGUCCCGCUGCGGGUCCUCGUGGUGCUCUGGGCUCUCAUCGUCGGCAUUUCAAGGGUCAUGCUGGGCAGGCACAACGUGACAGACGUGCUCUUCGGUUUGCUGCUGGGCUAUGCGCUGUACAGCGUGGUGGAGUACUGCUGGCUGUCCCCGCUCAGUGCGCCUGCCCUCUUCGCACUCUGGAGCCAUUGAUGGCUGGGUCCCUCUCAAAGGAGAAGGCGCACACCCAGUUUUCUAAGCGUGCACAGGGAGUGGAUACUGGGACUUGAACUCACAUCCUAGACCCCACCUAUCCAGCCAAGACUUCAACACUAGUGGUGCUGCAGGCUCCUGGGCCCACACUUAGAUGUUUGGUGCUGUCCUGCCCUCCUGAUGGGCUGUCAGGCAUGGUGUGCACUGACCAAGCAGCUGCACUGACCUCCCGUGAAAAACCUGUCCCUGCAGAGCCCAGGGAGGGCUCAGCACAUUCAUCCAGCAGCUCACUGCUGAUACUGUGAAUCGGCAUGCCCUUGCUGGGCACCUGUUGCAUUAGCCUAUGGUAUAUGUGAUAGCUGUGGCUUUGCAGAUUUCUCUGCAAUUGCCCACGUAUCUGUCUGCUGUAAAUACACUGAUCACGUUGCUGUCGUGAGCAUGCCCUGCACAGCCUGCUCCAUAGUGUCUGCCUGGAGGGGACUCACUGGGGUCUGUCCUCAGGAUUAUAAAGAGCUCUGCCUUC